AUGGAAGGUGUCGUCACAACAGGAGAUGUUAUUGAUGAUGUUGUGGCGAUUGGAGUAGACAGUGUCGUCACAGCAGGUGAUGUUAUUGAUGAUGUGACGAUUGAGGAAGAUAGUUUGGUUGUUGACACAACAGGAGAUGUUGUUGGUAAUGUUGUGGCAAUUGGAGUAGACAGUGUCGUCACAGCAGAUGAUGUUGUUAAUGAUGUGACUACUGAGGAAGAUGGUUUGGUUGUUGACAUAGCAGUCGGUAUAGAGAAUGGUAUUGUUAUGGAUGGAAUAUAUAUCGGCGGGAGGGUAACGCCCAUUGAUGUUACGACUGAACUUAUGUCUUUAUUUAAUGUGUUAUUUGUAUCGCGUUUAUCUAACCUCCUCAUUAUGCCGACCGGUGGUGGUGACUCGUCGUCUCCAGUAGACGCUUCGUCUUCCUCCUGAAGAGCGGCGAGAGGGACAGCGACAUCCGUUCCGGUUGGAUCAUGAACAAUUGGAGAUGAUGUGAUGCUUGGAUGGAAAUCUUUGAACGACGACGCAUAGAUGGAUUGUUCGUCGUUGUUGUUAUUACGUUUGGCACGCCAUACGGUUCUAGUGGUCGCGCGCGUGAGCAUCGUAGACAGUAGACAGUGAUUAAGUAAACAAUGAUUGAGUAAAUCGUAGCAAACGUUUCGUCUAUUGAAAUUAGACUUCAUCAGUACAAGUUUAAGUUUACUACCAUCUAAAACAUGAAUAAAACUGUCAUAUCGUAGAGACUUUGUUAAUACUACUGGUGAGAUUCACAGUAAAGUAAAGAAAAGUGAAAUAUAGUCUAGUACAAGCAAAAAAGACGUAGCAAAUACGCCGA